AGCUCAGUCAGUUUGCCUACUUCACCUCACCGGUAACAACAGGCUCACGUUUGGACGGGGAGCGAUAUGAGCUGAAGAAUCCGCCGCGUCCCGUGUUAUCAUGAACUUUGACACCUUUAACGGGUGAGAGGGUCCUCGUUGUGCUCGUGCUAGACUAGUAGAGAUAGUUUAGUUUUGGAUGUGUCUGUGACUUAUUGGUUCCUACUAGCGCUCCGUUGUUUGUGAAGUGGGACCUCCCCAAAUAGACACAGCCUUCUUCCUUUUCCACGGAGCCCUUCCCACUACAAUACAAUUAGUGCAAUGACGCUACUGCUGCUGUGUUUGAAUCUUGUGCUGGAAUAGCGAGACAUGUGCGCCAGAUAGACAGCGUCUCGUGUCGCCUAAGCCCACCCGGAGGACGCUCACGAGGAACGACAGUCGGAGGAGGAUCGCUUUUACGCGCACGCAGCAACCGCAAAAGAAACGACUUUACGAAAUGUUUGAAGCCUCCGGGAUCCCGCUCGUCCUCCUGGAUGUUGGCUGUCUCGCUCUAGUCGCACUACCAUUUCUUAUCCUCACACCUAAUCAUAACCCCUUUAAGCGAGGAUUCUUCUGCAAUGACGAAUCUAUCCGAUAUCCACUCAAAGAUGACACGAUAUCCUACCAGCUGCUUGGAGGAGUUAUGAUCCCAUCCACAUUGAUAGUGCUUGUGUGCGGUGAGUGCCUUUCUGUUUACCUGUCCCGCAUCAAGAAGCAGUGUCUGGGGAUGAGAUACGUAGGGUGUGUGUACAAAGCAGUGGGGAGUUAUGUGUUUGGAGCAGCUGCUAGCCAGUCGCUGACAGACAUAGCCAAAUAUUCCAUUGGACGUUUGCGGCCUCACUUCCUGGCUGUGUGCAACCCGUCAUGGGACAAGAUCAACUGUAGCGCAGGCGGGUACAUCGAGAACUUCACCUGCAACGGAGAGCCUUUUCUAGUGGAUGAGGCCAGGCUUUCGUUUUACUCCGGACAUUCCUCAUUUUCCAUGUACUGCAUGAUGUUUCUUGCUCUGUACAUUCAGGCCAGAUUGAAAUCAAACUGGACCAGGCUCCUGCGCCCCACCUUCCAGUUUUUCCUGAUUGCGACGGCUGUUUAUGUGGGUCUGUCCCGAGUGUCUGACUACAAGCACCACUGGAGUGACGUGCUGAUGGGGCUGCUGCAGGGAGGACUGGUGGCCAUUUUAAAUGUUUUCUGUGUGACUAACUUCUUUGAGCAGCCCAUUGACCCAGUUGUGUCUCAAGAGGAAGAAGACGAACCUGUCUCGCACACGAGUUUACAAGAAAACCCAAGAGAAAACCACUACGGCAGCACGGGCUGAAACUCUGAAACCUGUAUCUCCUCUCCAAAGAACUCGUUCAUCACCUUUUGCCUUUAGCUGCUAUGUACCGUGCGCACUACAGGUGACGAAACCUUGCACUAAGACAUGAGUUUUUGUUUAAUUUUAUUUGUAAAUUAUGGAUUUUAUUGUGAGACAAAAACUGAUUUAUGGUUGAUUUCCUGACAAAACAAGGCUUUUUUUUACUUUGCGGAAAUGUGGCUACGAAUGUACAGUAAGUUUGUGUUACGCUGCCAUCGUGAAUGAAUGAAUUCCUUUUGCCUAGUAUAUAAUGAGCAUCUGUGCGCACACCAGUGGCCCUGUACAACCUGUGAAAAUGAAAACCUGGAUGUCUUUAAACCCAAAGAAGACUGAACUACGGAAUAAUUUAUAUAUUUUUUUUUGCCUUAGAUUAAUAAUGGCUGCAUUUCAGGGCAGUUGAAUUCAGUUUUAUUGUACAUAUAAUUAUUGUAAUGAAUUUUUACUGUAUGGAAAUGCAAAUCUUGUAUUGGUCUAAGCAAUACAGAAAGAUUAAAGGGUGUUUUAUAAUUUGACAUCAAA